CAGGGGUGACGAAAUAAAAAGAGCUGGCGCAAAAAGAGUUGGUGCUGAGUCCAGAGGAAGAAAGGAGGAAAGGACGCUGCCCAUGCCGCCAAGCUCCUGCGCCCCGGCUUUAUUAGUCUUGCUCGCUCCAGAUGCGACAGGCUCGCGCUACUUAUCGAGCACCAUUCGAUUCGCCCAACGCUUCCACCCCCUGGGCUGCACGUCGGCAAGCACCACAACUCUUUAUGCAAAAAGGAAAAACCGCGAAGUCCUCAAGGCAUCCUAAAAUAGAAGGCUGUGCUUCCUCCACAGGAGUAGGGUACGGGCGGCGGGUUGCAUGCCCGCCCCUCCUCCACAGCCCCAUCGCAGACGAGAGGCAAUUUAGAGGUGAUGGUGCCUCAUGCGUCGUUUUUGGCUUGCCCAAACAUCUCUCUUCUACGACGAAAAAUCGAUGGGAUGUGCAGCCUGGGAGUGCCCAUGGCCUGCUUUUUCUCAGCGCUCCCAAUGGCGUAGUGGGGCAAAAUAAUACGGAAUGCGAAGAUUUCCACCCUCAGCCCGUGCUGUAUCUCUUUCGCUCUCAUUCGGUUUCCGGGCUUAAUGAGGGAAUGACAGAGUGCUGGGUCCUUUUCCUCGCAGCACUGUUGCCCUGGUCUCGGAUUCCAGGCCCCGCGCAUUGCUGGCCCGUUUUUGGGUAGCCCACCCAGUAGUUCCCUGGAGCGGGUAGAGUGCUAAUAAUACGUGUCCCGAUUCGCAAAUGCCACCAAUUCCCGCCAUCUUGCCUCGGUAUGCGUCUUGCUACGCAAGCGCACAAUCCCAUUUUCUGCAGCAGUCGUUGUUGGCGGAGGCUGGGGGCGCGGCCGGAUUGGUUAAG